GCAUUCUUCAGUGUGCUGCUGAAGCUCCGCCCACCGUUAACCGAUAGUCAGUCCGUGUCAAAGUUCCGCGAGUAACGGCAGGAGCGGCGGCAGGAUAAUGGCGAAGCUCUUCGGGAUUUCACUGUUUAUAGUGCUGCUGGGUCUGGCGAUAAAGACUUCAGCAUCUGGAGGACAACAGAAGAAAAUCAGACAGAAGAGAGAAUGGAUUGUUCCACCCCGCAAACUGAGGGAAAAUGUUAAUUAUCAACAUUUGGAGUACAUAGCCAAAAUCCGUUCAGACGAGGAGACGAGGACAAGUAUACAAUAUUCACUGACUGGAUCAGGGGCUGACAAGCCACCCAUCAACUUGUUCACUGUUGAUAGAGAAAAAGGCUUGGUCAAGAUCCAUGGAGUGUUAGACAGAGAGAAAACUCCCACAUAUCACCUUCGAGGGGUAGCCACGUUUCUGAAUGGGAGUUAUGCUGAGAAGGAUAUCGACUUAAGAAUCGUGGUGGAGGAUGAGAACGAUUGUGCUCCUGUGCUUAACUUCACAACUGGAUCUGUUCCUGAGUUGAGCGCAAGAGACACGUUUAUAACGAAAAUCACAGCAACAGAUGCAGAUGAAGAAGGAACUCUGCAUACAAAAAUUUCCUACAGCAUUGUUCAAGAGAGUCACGCUGGCAUGUUCUACAUUAAUCGAGAGACUGGUCAGAUAUUCGUCAUGCAAAACACGCUAGACAGAGAGAAAAAAGACACAUACACAUUGACCAUUAAAGCAACCGAUAUGAAUGGAGCUGCAAACGGAUUUACAGGGACUGGGACAGCUGUCAUCACAAUACUUGACGUCAAUGACAAUAUUCCUACUUUGGAGGAAAACUUUUUUGAGUGCUCGGUGGAGGAAAACACAAAAAAUGUGGAAGUGGUAAGAAUUAAAGUGACUGAUGCUGAUCUCAUCUAUACUGAAAACUGGCUGGCUGUCUUCACUAUUGUGUCAGGAAACGAAGCUGGUUAUUUCUCCAUAACCACAGACAACAAGACCAAUGAAGGCAUCCUGAUUCUCCACAAGGAACUGGACUUUGAAGAGCUGAAGGAAGUAAGGCUUCAAGUGUCUGUCUCUAACAAGGCAGAAUAUCACUCAUCAGUAGUCAUAACAGAGAGCAAGACGUACACCGUCCGAGUCAGGGUGAUCAACCAGCCCGAGGGCCCUCGCUUCAGACCUGCAGUCAAAGUCAUCACCAUAUCUGAAGAAAGCACCACUAUUGAUUUGAGAAAAGUCAUAACCAAUUACGCAGCAAUAGACAGUGACACACUAUUAAUUGCUAAUAACGUGAGGUAUGCAAAAGGAAAAGAUGUUGACAACUGGCUGAUUAUAGAUGAGAGGACAGCUGAUAUAAGACUCAAUAAAAUUCCAGAUUAUGAGUCCAAGUUUCUGAUCAAUAACACAUAUUAUGCCCACAUAAUCUGCAUCACCAAUGAAAUUCCAGCUAAAACUGCUACAGGUACCAUUGCCAUUCAAGUGAAGGACUUUAAUGACCACUGUCCUGUGCUGAUCCAUCAGUCUCAAAGACUGUGCUAUGAAGAGCAUGUGGUUUAUGUCACAGCUGUGGACAAAGAUCAUUUCCCCAAUGGAGCACCCUUUGUUUUCAAUGUGGACGACGAAAGAACAAAGGAGUCAUGGCGUGUCGAACAUCUCAACGACACUACAGCAAUAUUCAGAUCUCAAAAAACACUAUGGCCUGGUGUGUACCAUAUGUUUGUGGAUGUGAGUGACCAGCAGGGAAAGAUCUGUGCUGGUCAGAUGCUUCAGAUAGAAGUCUGCACAUGUGACGCAUCAAAAGUUUGCCUGCCAGAAAAAACAGUUUCGAGAUUUGGAGUAUCUGGUGUUUUUCUAAUGUUGUUGGGACUGCUGCUCCUUCUAUUGGUGCCUCUUCUGCUGCUGUUCUGUCUUUGUGGUGGUGCAGGAGCUGCAGCAGGUUUCAAGUCCAUCCCAUUUGAUGCUAAAGAGAAUCUUAUAGCAUAUAACACUGAAGGACAGGGAGAGGACAAGGGAAUGCCUCUCUUACAGGUGUCAAAAGAGCAUGAUGACAGCAAGCUCAGUUAUGUGGACGCUUUAAAAGCGGCUCAGAGGAGGAGUGAUGCAGUAAAUGUUGGUGUAGAGAGAGCAAAAGGCUCACAUUGGUCCUCUUUCUACCAAUAUGAUCAGCAUGAUGAUGCAUAUCAUCACCACAAGAGUCAGACUGAUGGGAUGUACAUGCAUGCAAAAAGAAAAGAGGAACAUAGCAGAUUUGACACCUAUGAUGGCCUUGCACUCUCUGAUGCUUUCUUAGGCAACUACUAUUCUCAAAAAACAGGUUAUGUGGCUAGGAAGCAAGAUAUGGGAGACUGUCUGAAGGUCUAUGACUAUGAGGGUCAGGAAUCUUGCAUGGGCUCAUUUGAGGACAUCUGCAGUCUCACGCAUGAAGAUGAUAACCUUGCUUUCCUUGAUGACCUUGGCCUGAGGUUCAAGACCCUAGCUGAGAUCUGUAGUGGUUCUACAAUAGAACUUGAAAUGAGCACAACCACUGCUGUGACCUCCAAACCGGUCCUGUCUACCACACACAAAGAUGUUGACGUACAGGAGACAGUUAGUCUACAAAAUUCUCAGGAGAAAGGAAUAUCUUCCACCAUUAUUCAUGCUGCAGGAGGACAGCAGGCAAGCAGCAUGUCCUCUACAGGAAUGUAUGUCCAUGAGAAGGUGAUGGUUCCUAACCCAACUCUGUUAGUACAGCAGCCUGCAUUGUACUAUACCCAUGCCACCCCCAUUUAUGUGGUGGAAACCCAUCCUACUCUGGUGAUGACGCCCAGCCCAGUCCUAGGCAUUCAAGAGAAUUUAAUAGUAGAGGAGCAGAGGAGCUCUGAUGCUACCCUGCGUGGAACUGCCAAACGUGAAAUGCAGCAAUACCAGAGUGUAGUCCUUGUUGAGAAGCAGCCAACUAAAGGGUCUGUGCAGGCUCAAGGUAGUGUCUCUGGAGCUGUUCAAAUUGUUAACACUGAAGUAGUGCAGUCCACAGAGUCUCAUGGGGUUAGACGGGCAUUUCAUCCCGCCAGAACGGUGAUGGCAGGAGGGGCCAGAGAGAGGGAAGUUUGUGGUUCAUUGGAUAUGAGGGUUCCUCAGAGUCUGUAAGCACUCUUAAAGCUGCAGUAGGGAGUUUUUAGAAAACGUUGACUUAGCCUGAAAAUUUGAACAAGCACAACUCACAGGUCACUCCCCCUUGCUCUAUGCUGCGCUACAGCCCUCCUUCCACAGCUCCUCCCCCAUCACAACGGAGCCUGCCGUGAACGUGCAGGCUAGUAAGCAAGCAGGACCACCAAUGACGGCGGAUAAACAGUUAUGGCACAUUCACUGGUACAGACGAAACAUCAACAGUAUGAUUUACAUUGACUAUGGCCUGCCCAUACUUUGACUACAAACUUGGUCCUCAAAACAUUACAUAUUUUGCAAUAC